GCACAAGUCCUGUGCUUCACCACAGCACGGCUGGCUGCUAACGUCACACUCGUAUCCUUGUCACCAGCGGUGUAGCAGCCUACGCAAAGGUCUGUGCGCAAUAUACGAACGGAUUCCUGCCCUAGAGAGAGCGCAGCAAGGGACGAAGGUUUUCCAGUGGCUUUACAAAGUAACUUUCUCCGAAGAGAUUGUCGGGGAUUUAUUCUAGGGACCUGCACAAUGCUCGGUGCUGUUAAAAUGGAAGGACACGACCAUUCAGACUGGAGUACUUACUACGCAGAACCCGAGUGUUAUACCUCAGUGGGAAACAUGAACAGCGGAUUUGGAAUGAACUCCAUGGGCACCUACAUGGGGAUGACCGGCAUGAGCUCUACUGCUAACAUGUCAGCCGGGUCAAUGAACAUGUCUUACGUGAAUGCGGGCGUGAACCAUGGAGUAGCGGGGAUGUCACCUGGCGCCGGGGGCAUGAACGCCAUGGGAACGGGGUUAGCUGGUAUGGGUGCAACGCUCAACCCCAGCAUGAGCCCCUUAAACGGACCUCCUCCAUCCAUGAACACACUGGCCUCCUACCCUAAUAUGAACGUAAUGAGCCCCAUGUAUGGACAGUCAACCGUGAGACCCAGAGAUCCCAAAACAUACCGGCGCAGUUACACGCACGCAAAGCCUCCUUACUCCUACAUCUCGCUCAUAACGAUGGCCAUACAGCAGUCGACUACUAAAAUGUUAACCCUGGCAGAGAUUUACCAGUGGAUCCAGGAUCUUUUCCCAUUCUAUCGACAAAACCAGCAAAGAUGGCAAAACUCCAUUCGCCACUCACUGUCUUUCAACGACUGUUUUAUUAAAGUGCCUAGGUCUCCGGAUAAGCCGGGGAAAGGUUCCUUUUGGACCCUUCACCCAGACUCGGGAAACAUGUUUGAAAACGGCUGUUACUUGAGGAGACAAAAACGAUUCAAAAUCGAGGCUGGGGGCAUAGUUAAGGAGUCGUCGCGGAAAGGCACGGAGGGUGGAUCAAGCAGCAGUUCUGAAAGCUGCAACGGUAACGAUUCUCCCAGCCAUUCGACUAAAGAUUUGAAGAGCUCCGCGCCUGACUUGAAACCAAGAGAGCCGGUGAGUCCGGAGCAAUCUGCUUCACCGCUGCCGCAGCAGACGCAUCACCUCCUGUCACAUCAUCACUCAGUGCUGGUGGACGACGCCCACCUGAAACCAGAACACCACUACUCUUUCAACCACCCGUUCUCCAUCAACAACCUAAUGUCUUCGGAACAGCAGCACCAUAAAAUGGAUCUCAAGACAUACGAGCAGAUGAUGCAUUAUUCCGGCUACGGCUCGUCUAUGACAGGCGCACUGUCAAUGGGGUCAAUGUCAACGAAAGCAUGCUUAGAGUCUUCCAUACCCACGGACACUUCCUACUACCAAGGCAUCUGACGUUGCCAAGGCUUGCGGGGGGUGUCGGGGCAGCCGUGUCCGAUCGUCAUUCCAUCGUCCUGGGGACUGUGUGUGGUUGCUGUGGACAGCGUUGGGUAGCGUGCAAGGGGCUUGAUAACUUCCAUGUUAGUGCAGGUGAGACGGCUCCCAGAAUGCCCUGCGAACGUGGUUCCGUUGUUGUUUAUUCAGUGUUCGUUCUUGAAUUAUGUGAUUAUGCCCUCCAUUUUGUGUCCAGUAUGAGCUUGAGUAACUGUCAUUGUUUCAUCAGUGUUUCAGUGAUGUUUGAUGCCUUAGUCUAGCCCUGUUAGUGUAUCUGUCACCAUUACUGUCUGUGUCAUGUCACGAGUGUAAGACCUGCCUGCUGUGCUGUGGUUCUGUGUGUGUUCUUUGGCACUACCGGAGUCGUGUGGUGUGGUCAGGAGUUGAACUAAUAAAGCGGCAUUUCCCA